UGUUAAGUACAUAUAGGGCCGUUGUAACAGAGCUGCAGGAGACGCACUCUGAACUGUCUGAACUUCAGCUGCAGCAUCUACUCCACUCUUUAACCCAAACAUGGACAGAAACCUAGGAAGCAGCAGAAAAAAUGAUGAAGAGCUGAGGAUAGUGAUGGUGGGGAAGACUGGAUUGGGGAAGAGUGCCAGUGGAAACACCAUUCUGGGACGAAAGUGCUUUGACUCAAAGUUCAGUGGACAGUCUAUGACUGUAUACUGUUCCAAGGGCAACGCUGUGGUGGAUGGGCAACAUGUUGCUGUUAUCGACACCCCAGGCCUCUUUGACACCAGGUUUAAAAUGGAGAAAACAUCUAAAGAUCUCAGCCAGUGCAUCUCUUAUGCUUCUCCUGGACCCCAUGUGUUCCUGGUGAUCAUCAAGCUGGGCAGAUACACUGAAGAGGAAAAGCAGACGGUGCAGAGAAUCCAAGAACUCUUUGGCCAGGCUGCAGACAAAUACAGCAUGGUGCUCUUUACUCAUGGUGACCUUCUUGAAGACACAUCUAUUGAGGAGUUCUUGGAGGGUUGCCCGGACCUGCAGGAACUAGUGGACAGAUGUAAUGGCCAGUACCAUGUCUUCAAUAAUAAGCUGAAGGAUCGCUCUCAGGUCACUGAGCUGCUCCAGAAGAUCGGAAUUGUAGCCCAGAAGAACGGAGGAAGCCACUACACCAACGAGAUGUUCCAAGAGGCAGAGAGGAAAAUCGAAGAGGAGCAACAACGCAUCCUGAAAGAGAAAGAAGAGCAAAUUCGGAAAGAACAAGAGAAACUGGAGAGGAAACUACAGGAAAAAUAUGAAAAAGAGAUGAAGAAAAUGCAUGACCAACUCAAGGCUGAGAGAGAGAUGGAGAGGAAAGAGAUAGAGGAGGAAAUGAAGAAGACGAUGGAGAAGUUGGGUGAGGACAGAGAGAGGGAGAGGAAAGAAAGAGAAGCAGAGAGACAGAGAGACAGAGAGGAGCAAGAAAAGAAUAUGGUGAACAUGCAGAAUAAAAUGAAGGAACAGUAUGACAGAGAACUGAGAGAAGAAAGAGAAAAGUUGCAGACAACGCAUGAAAAAGAGGCCAGAAGGGAAGCUGAGGAGAGUAAUGAGUUUUUGCCUGACUUCCUUAAAGUACUCCAAAAAGCUUUAAACUGUACAAUAUCUUGAUAUCUCAGGCAGUUAAACGACAGAGUACAGGAAUAUAUGAAACAAAAAUGAUUUCAUCUACAGAACUAUAAUCUACAUUUACCUUUUUUAAUUAUCAUCAUGAAUGAUAAUGAAGCUAAUUGUAAUCAUGUAAGUAGAGCUAGAGACUAUUGCUAUCAGGCUAAGUCACGCAUGAGCUGUAAGUGUUCAUAUGCUGUAAUAAACAUGUGAUAUUAAGACCA